CCGCGCACACAUGGUGCUAACGAAGGACUUUUAAACGGAGGAUGAGCUUGUACAAACAAAUCGAGAGAAGGCGCUUACAUUGCAUGGUGUUGCGAAAGACCGUGUGUGUCUUCAACCAUAGUAAAGGGGUCUAAGCAAACAGCAGAACUUCGCACGUGGCUGCUCUCACGCGUCGUGCACGCUGCUAUAACGUGGGGCAGCCGAUUGCGAAAUACGGACGGGAUUGCCCAACUUUUAUUGAGCCGUUUAAACCCGCAAACUAUUACGAAACCUUGGCCGGAACAGCAUAAGAUUUGGAUUGCAGAGGAAAUGUGGUCGAUGGAUAAGCGAGCCAGGAGGAAACCGAAGUAUUUUGAAGCGGGGUCGGGUGGGAAGGGACCCCACGAAAAUGAAAAAGAUCCUAAACAACAAUAUAAAACAAAACCUUCACCCGAAGAUGUGAAAUUUGUUCCACCAAGGAGAAUCAUACCACGGGAGGAUUUGUUAGUGUGGGGUAAGUGUCGUGGGUUCGGUUGGUGGCCGGGUCGUAUCGCGAACACGGGGGAACUCAGUGGCCCGAUCGACCCCCCUGAUGACCCAACGAGAUGGAUCAAGUGGUUUGGUGACGAGAAAUUUACAGAGACGAAGGUUGAUGACAUGGCGUACCUCCAUGACUUUAACGCUUACUUUAAAGAGAAGUCGUACAACAGGAACAGAUCGUAUAAUCUUGCUGUUGAUUUAGCAAUAAAGGAAGCUGCUCACAGAUCAGGGAAAACCCUCGAAUCAAAUGCAAGUGGAAUCACUUGGGCAAAAGAGAAGUUUUAUCCCGAAGGUUAUCUUUCAAUCUUGCCGAAGGGUUAUACAGAUGAUCAGAAGCGGAACAUGAAGGGAGUGAAACAAAGUGAAUUGAACGGCUCACCUGAGAAGAAAGUUAAAACAACCAUCAGCAAACCUGAGAUGAACUGCCAGGAUUUCACCAAACAGAGAAGUGAAGUCUUCAUGAAGGUUAGGGAAGGGUUGUUGGACAUUGCGAACACUUGCUUGGGAUGCGGCAACCUUGAAGUAUCCACGCAACACCCCAUGUUUGUUGGUGGAUUGUGUCAGAUGUGCGAGGUGGAUUACCGUGAGAGUUGUUACUUGCUGGAUGACAGCGGUUACUCGUGUUAUUGCUGUGUGUGUGGGGGUGGAAAGCGAAUAUUCUUAUGUGACAACCAGAGUUGCUGCAGAAGUUUUUGCUUCAUUUGUUUGGAGCUGAUGAUGGGCGAAGGUACGACAAAAACUGUGUUGCACCAAUCACCUUGGAGUUGUUACCUUUGUGUGGCAACUGAGAAAGGGUUGUUACAUCGUCGCGACAACUGGCAUAAUCGGCUGAGUAAGUUUGUUAGCGUUGGGGAAGUCGAAUAUGAGAUUGUCUCCCUACCAAAGUCCCCACCAGCGUGGGAAAGGAAACCGAUUCGAGUUCUUUCAUUAUUUGAUGGGAUCGCUACAGGAUUUGUGAGUUUGAAGCAGUUGGGAAUCGAGGUUAAAGUUUAUUUUGCGUCGGAAAUCGACCACGAAGCGAUUUGUGUGUCCGAGAUACGUCAUCCACGUGUGGUUAAGCAUGUGGGGGACGUGUGCGAGAUAACGGAUAAGAUGCUGAGUGAUUGGGGUCCCUUUGAUCUCGUUAUUGGCGGAAGUCCAUGUAAUGAUUUAUCCAUUGUUAACCCAGCAAGGAAGGGAAUCUGGUCAGACAAGGGGUCUGGGCAUUUGUUCUUUGAAUACCUUCGUAUAUUGAACACAUGUAAAGUAUUGGCAGCAAAGGAGGGCAGAUCAUUGUUCUGGUUGUUUGAGAAUGUUGUUUGUAUGGACCAAAGCUCACGUCAAACUAUCUCACAUUACUUGCAAAGGAAUCCAAUAGUUCUUGAUGCUAAGGAAGUCUCCCCUGCCCACCGACCACGAUGUUUCUGGGGUAACUUGCCUGGGAUGAGGAGACCAAUGGUGGCAACCAAAGCUCACAAACUCACAUUAGAGGAGUGCCUUGAACCCGGGAGGAAAGCAACCACUGAUAAGUUACGUACGAUCACAACAAAGUUACAAUCAGUGAGGGGGGGGCAUGGAAGUGGUGGCUUGACCAGCAACUCACUUGUCAUUCAACAACGGGAUCAACAUGACUGUUUGUGGAUAACUGAAAUAGAAAGGGUGUUUGGCUUCCCUGACCACUACACUGAUGUUUGCAACCUACCACGCACGGGCCGUCUUCGUAUCCUCGGUAAAUCAUGGAGCGUCCCCGUCAUCAAACACAUAUUCGCUCCUCUCAAGGAUUACUUUAGCUCUGUUUAA